CACAUCAUGGCCGAGGACAUCUCUUGGAAGACCAGCAAUUUUAGGCAAAGCGUCGUGAACAAAAUUAAUGAAGCCAUCCAGCAGACGGGCAUGACUUCAUCGAAAAAUGGCAUCGAAAUGGAAAAUCAUGUAUUUCACAAAGCUCGCAACAAGGAUGAGUAUCUUGGCUUCGUGGCCCGGUUGAUUCUGCACGUACGAGAGAUGAAUACCAAACACAAGAAUCAGCAAAAUGCAGCAGCUGCAGCGGCACAGCAGGCGCAGCAGGAUGGUAGUGGCAAUUCCAAUCAGCAGGGCGGUGGCGGUGGUGGUGGUGGUAGCGGUAUGCCGGAUCCAAUUAAUGCUCUGCAGAACCUUGCAUCGCAAGGCACCCGGCCGCAGAUGAUGGGACAAAUGGGCGUUGGGCCAGGUGUUCCCAUGGGAGGACAAAUGGGCGGAGCAGGUAAUGCUUCCAAUCUGCUGCACUCCCUAAGACCGCAAAUGCCGAUGGGAGGAAUGGGUGGUCAAAUGCAGGGAAAUCGUGUAGGCAUGGGGCCGGGACCGGGUAAUCAAAUGGGUGGAAUGAUGGGACCAAACCAAAUGCAAGGACCCGGCGCGGGGAUGGUCGGUGGAAUGCCGGGCCAGAUGGGUGUCGGUAUGGGACCGGGUGGGAUGAGCGGAGGCAAAAUCGUGGGCAUGGGUGGACAGCAGCAGCAGAUGGCGCAGCUCAAUGCAAUGCAGGUAAAUCAAAUGCAGCAGCAGGCCCAACAACAACAAAGCGGUAUGCCGCAAUCCCAACAGCAACAGCAGGCAGGGCUCGUUCAAGGGCAAAGUGGUGCAGUGCAGCAGAUGGGCGUCGGACCAGGUGGACCGAAUCAGAUGAAUCCGAUGGUGAUGGGACAGAUUCAGGCUCAGCUGCAAAACCAAAACGCGAUGGGUGGCCAGCAGAUGGGAACGGUCGGCGGCACAAUGAACGCAGGGAACCAGAUGGGUUCGAUGGUGGGAGCGAACGCUGGUAUGAAUCCGCAAGCGAUGGGAAUGGCCCCGAAUCAGGUCCUGCGGCAGCAGCAACAACAGCAACAACAGGGAAUGCAGCAAGUCCAGAUGGGUCUUGGGCCCGGUCAGAUGGGUCAGCUGAAUGCUGGUGUGCAGAGUGGCGUUGGACAUGGAGGUCCUGGCAAUAACAUGGGUCAAGUACAACAGCAAGUUGUCGUACAGCAGCAGCAGCAACAACAGCAUCAACAGUUACAACAACAUUUGCAACAGCAUCCGCAGCAACAUCAGCAGAUUCAACAACAUCAACAACAAAUGCAACAGCAGCAACAACAACAGCAGCAGCAGCAGCAGCAGCAGCAGCAGCAGCAACAACAACACCAACCCCAACUGCAGCAGCAGGCACAGAUGCAACAGCAUCAGCAGCACCAACAGAUGCAACAGCAUCAACAACAUCAGCAACAGCAACAGCUUGCUCAGCAGCAUGCACAGCAUCCACAGCAACAUCCUCAGCAACAGCAGCUCCAACAGCUUCAACAACACGGACAACAUCCACAGAUGCAGCAGCAGCAACAUCAACAGCAACAACAUCAACAACAGCAAGUUCUACUGAAUGCAAUGGGUCAGGGACCUGUUGGAUCAAUCGGUGGACCAGGUGGACCGGGUGUUCCAAUGCAACAACAGGCGAUGCAGCAACAGCAACAACAGCAGCAACAUCAACAACAAGCCAGCGCAAUGGGUCAAACUGGUCAAGCUCAAAUGAAUGCCGGUGUAGCAAUCGGCCCCGGUGGAGGAAGCGUCAUGGGUCCCGGUCCAAACCAAAUGCUCGGUACAGGGGCAGGUGGUGCAGCAGGACAGCAGGGCAACUUUGUGGGCAUGGGUGCGAAUACCAUGGUACGUAAACCACCGGACAUGAUGCCUGGUGGCAACGUGUACCCUGGUGGUGGUGGUGCCGUUCGUAGCGUAACGCCAAAUAACUUUCUGCGCCAAUCCCCUUCCCCAUCUGUCCCGUCUCCAGUAGGGCCUGGAGCGCACGGCCCACCAUCCCACCCGGGACAAAUGAUACCUUCCCCGGCUCUUAUUCCAUCGCCGAAUCCGCACAUGAGCGGCGUUGCGCAACGCUCCAACAUUGGACAGUCACCCGGUGGCUCAAUAAAUACACCCGGUCAACCAGGGGGUGCCGUACCGAGUCCGCUUAAUCCGCAAGACGAACAACUCUACCGGGAGAAGUACCGUGCCCUCACAAAGUACAUUGAACCACUGAAACGAAUGAUAGCCAAGAUGGAAAAUGAUGAUAUUGACAAGAUUGCUAAAAUGAAGCGGCUGCUAGAGAUCCUGAGCAAUCCCAGCGUUCGCAUACCACUGGAAACACUGCACAAAUGUGAAGCGGCACUUACGAGCCAACUUGGUUCGAUCCGUGAAACCCCGACUAAUAACCCGCUAGUCGAGGCCGUUUCCAGUAGCCUGCAAGGUGCCUCGGGAAAUCACACCCUGCAGCGAACUUUCCGUCCCUGCUUGGAGGCACUGUUCGGGCCCGAUAUUAAAAAUUUGCCACCUCCGGCCAAGCAGCUGCGUCUGGCACAGGAUGAUUCCAUUACCGCUAAUGGAGGUACAACGGGCGGUGUCACUAGUGUAGGAGCGACCACUACUACCAGCACAACGACUGCAGUCACGUUGACUGGUAGCGGUAGUGCUGUCGCUACCAACACCGUUACCAGCACAGCACCACAGGAGAUUCCACACAUCCUGCAGGGUGAAAUUGCUAAACUCGACCAAAAGUUCAAGGUAUCACUAGACCAGUGCGCUAUUAGUGGCACACGUACGAUCAAGCUAAUUUGUUGGCUAGACGAUAAAAAUCUACCCUGUGUACCGCCGGUCGCGGUUACCAUACCGGAAGACUAUCCGUUUACUGCACCGAGCUGUUCGCUGAUCGAACAGGAGUAUAAUGCAACACCGUUCUUGAUACUGGUGCAAAAGUCUCUGAUGGCGCGAAUUUGUAAGUUGCCGGGUUUGUUCACACUAUCGCAUCUGCUGGACACGUGGGAAAUGUCAGUCCGGCAAGCUUGCUCACCAAACCCAACAAUUGUGGCACCUACUGGUACCAGCGUGCUGCUGGGCAUGUAA